CAUCCAAUUGUUAAUAGAUAAUCCUCAGGGCUCACUUGCACUUUGUUUCUCCAAACAUCGGGAACAGACCAGACUGAAACACAAUCUUUACCUGGUGUUUAUUGAUCAAACCUUGAAAGAAGAUUAUCAUGACGAUGAUGGAGUACAGAGUGCUGCUGUUCCUUUUUAUUUGUGUUUCCUUUUUCAAGUCUAGCCUCCAGACUCAGGAAACUCCUAACAUCACUGAUCUGACCUUUAAGAAUAUAGACUUUGCCAUGAACCUUUAUCGUAAGAUUUCAAGCCAGCACGACAACAACAUUUUCUUCUCGCCGCUGAGUGUUUCCACAGCAUUCGCCGCACUAUCUUUGGCAGCCAGGAACUCCACUCGCAGCCAAAUCCUGUCAGGGCUGAAUCUGGACACGCUGGAGCAGAAUGGGCAGCCUGAGCUCAUUCCUCAGCUCUUCCAGCACCUCCAGGGGAACAUCACCCAUGACGGAGCGCUGAAACUGGACCAGGGAACAGCACUCUUCGUGGACCUGCAUUUCCAAAUAGAGAGGGCUUUCAGUGAUCAGAUCAAAAAGUUCUUUGAUGCUGAUGUCGAAAACGUGGACUUUGGUAAAGCUGACAUCAGUAAGGAGACAAUUAAUAAACAUGUGAGGAAGAAAACUGGGGAUAAAGUGAAAGAGAUAGUGUCCAGCAUUGAACCCCUGACUCAGAUGAUGCUGAUCAAUACCAUUUUUUUUCAGGGUGCCUGGGAGAGACCUUUCAACCCAAACAACACUGAAAAAAGUCGCUUUUAUAUAGACAAAUAUAAUAUUGUCCAGGUGCCAAUGAUGUUUAGUACAGAUAAGUUCUACAUUGCCAGUGAUGACGAGCUCAAGGCUAAGGUGUUGCGUCUGCCCUAUUUGGGUGGCGCAGCUAUGCUCAUUGUCCUUCCUGACAGCAAUGUUGAUUAUACCAUCAUAGAUGAUGAAAUAAAUGCUGAGAGGUUUCUAAACUGGAUCAAGAACCUGAAAAAAACAAAACUGGAAGUCUACAUACCCAAAUUUAAAUUGGAACAGUCAUAUUCUUUGCACAAGAUUCUUCCAUCCAUGGGAAUUCAGAAUGUCUUCACAUACUCGGCUAACCUCAAAGGCAUGAGUCAGGAAUCUGGUAUAAAAGUCUCACAGGUUCUGCACAAAGCUGUGAUUGAAGUGGACGAGAAAGGCACUGUAGCUGCAGCAGCAACAACCGUGGGAAUCACUGCAUACUCUAUGCCGACUACCUUCACUGUGAACAGGCCUUUCUUCUUCUUUAUAUACCAUGAAGCAACCAACAGUCUGCUCUUCAUGGGCAGAGUGAUUGACCCCACAAAGUACUGAAUCAGCCAGUGCUGCCAUCUCAUCGUGCCCUGAUAAGAAUCAGUUAUUUUUCAGCUCUGAUCAUGUUCACUUCUGUCUUCUCUGGGAUUAAAACUAAUAUCCAUAUUA